UCGCGAUAACUGCACCGGCGCAGGGAAGGCGGGCCUUUCUGAAGAGGCGACGGGAUGGCGGAAGUGGAGCAGAAGAAGAAGCGGACCUUCCGCAAGUUCACCUACCGCGGCGUGGACCUCGACCAGCUGCUGGACAUGUCCUACGAGCAGCUGAUGCAGCUGUACAGCUCCCGGCAGCGGCGGCGUCUGAACCGGGGCUUGCGUAGGAAGCAGCAUUCGCUGCUGAAGCGCUUGCGCAAGGCCAAGAAGGAGGCGCCACCCAUGGAGAAGCCAGAGGUGGUGAAGACACACUUGCGAGACAUGAUCAUCCUGCCUGAGAUGGUGGGCAGCAUGGUGGGCGUCUACAAUGGCAAGACCUUCAAUCAGGUGGAGAUUAAGCCUGAGAUGAUUGGCCACUACCUGGGCGAGUUCUCCAUCACCUACAAGCCUGUCAAACACGGCCGGCCAGGCAUUGGGGCCACCCACUCCUCCCGCUUCAUCCCCCUCAAAUAGACUGCAUGACCAGUAAAGGCACAGACU